AUGACCGGGCUAUACGGGCGGGCAGCGCAGGAUCUCCACUAGUGACAUGUGCGGCAGAGGACAUGCGACUUCACACCCGCGCUCUGCUCUGCGUGGUCACCUCAGUAGCCGUCCUCGGUUUGUGCGCCAGAGAUGCGGGAGCAGUCCAGAUCACAGCACUGCGGGUGCCUGAAGAGGUCAGGAACGGGUCAGAGUCUGGCGCUAUUCUGGACUGCGAGUACACCCUCAAACAGUCAGAGCUGGCUCCAGACUCCGGCCUCGUGGUCAAAUGGUUCUGGAACAAUUCUCCAGCGCCGGUCUACCAGUGGAUCCCCGGCCAGAGACCUCAGGACCUCGGCGUGCUCAAGGGCCGCCUCAAGCUCGAUUAUAAAGCCAGCACGCACCCGUCUACGAUGCAUAGGGCGCUUUAUAUUACAAACCCGACUAUUGAGUUGUCUGGUGAAUACAAAUGUUUCGUGUCCACAUUCACCGAUGAAGACUUUAUGAUAAAGAAAAUGGUUGUGUAUGCUCCAGAAAGAAAAGUUGACCUGGGGCACAGCAAGCACGACCUCCACAACGUUAACAUAACCUGUCGAGCUUUGGGGCUCUACCCAGAGCCAAAGAUGACGAUUCAUAAAGGAACUGACCUCAAAACAUUGCAGGAGAUGGAUGGUGUGUCAGUACGCACAAUGCCGAGGGAGGAGUCUUAUGACGUCACCGCUUCAGUGCUACUCUCAGAUUCGGAGCUUAGAGGCUCGCUAGUGGUCAACUGCGAAGUCUGGAUCCCCUCCACCACAUAUAGGCGACACAAGACCCUACACUACUAUCCAGGGCGAGCUCUCCCGUGGAUCGGAGAGGAAGACAGUGGUGGCUCAGUGAUCAGAAACACGGGAUUGGCCCUUCUGAUCAGCUUGCUUGGAUCACUACUUCUCUGCUGAGAUCAGAUCCUCGACCACCUCCAAACUUACCGAAUUAAUUGAAGUGUUCUGCAGAGUGAAGUGUUCUGCCCAGCAUUGCAAGCGGAAAUGUCGGAUAGGCCUGACUCUAUUGGGAACAGCUCUGCCCUAUAGUGAUCACUCAUGAACUCUUCGGAGAUGACGUGUGAAUUUCUACUUUUAUAAAAUAUUCAAUUUCUACUCAUCAGUGGAUGUAUUCAAAUUCUUUACAAAGUUAAUGUACAUUAUUUGGUCAGCUUUGUGACAUAUUGUUCACCAUGUGUAUCUUCAUGCUAAACUACCGACAACAAGGAGAGUAGUUCAGCUUGUUGUAUAUAAAAAUUAUAAAAUUAAUUAUGUUUGUGAUAAUAUGUAUAUUUUAGAAAUAAAAUAAAUUUAUA